GUGUGUAAGUGUGUGUGUGUGUGUGUGUGUGUGUAACAGUGUAUCAGGGAUGCUGCUUGUCUUCCCUUUACAUCACAAAGUCUCUCACUUCCAAGGAUGCUGCACUUGAAAGUGCAAUUUCUCGAUGAUUCUCAGAAAACCUUUGUUGUAGAUCAAAAAGCUCCUGGUAAAGAACUGUUUAACAUGAGUUGCAGUCAUCUUAAUCUAACAGAAAAGGAAUACUUUGGUCUGGAAUUCAGAAAUCAUGCAGGUUGCCAAAUGUGGCUUGGACUUGUAAAACCCAUUACAAAACAGGUUAAAAACCCUAAAGAGACAAUUUUCAAAUUUAUGGUGAAGUUCUUCCUAGUGGAUCCUGGCUUGCUGAAGGGGGAGCUGACAAGGUAUCUCUUUGCUCUGCAAAUCAAAAAGGACUUGGCGUCUGGAAGACUACCUUGCAAUGAUAACAGUGCUGCUUUGAUGGCUUCCUAUGUAUUGCAAUCGGAGUUGGGGGAUUAUGAGGAGGACACAGCCAGAAAGCAUCUGGAACAGAACCAAUAUUUACCCAAUCAGGAAUAUUUAGACAACAAAAUCCUGAAAUAUUACCAGCGCCAUGUAGGAAAGUCUCCAGCUGAGUCAGACAUGCAGUUGUUGGACAUAGCUCGAAAGCUGGACACAUAUGGAAUCAGGACUUAUGCAGCGAGUGAUGGAGAAGACAUGCAGAUCAAUCUAGCAGUUGCACACAUGGGAGUCCUUGUAUUGCGGGGCAACACCAAGAUUAAUACAUUCAAUUGGGCAAACAUCAGGAAGCUGAGUUUCAAGAGGAAACAUUUUCUUAUCAAGCUUCAUCCUCAUAUUGACACUUUGUGCAAGGACACCCUUGUGUUCACAAUGGAGAGUCGUGAUACAUGUAAAGCCUUCUGGAAGACCUGUGUUGAGUAUCAUGCCUUUUUUCGUCUCUCCGAGGAGCCCAAACGUAAGCCAAAGCCAUUUUUGUGUAGCAAAGGCUCCAACUUCAGGUACAGUGGGAGAACACAAAAGCAAAUUUUUGACUCUUGGACAAAGGGACACGCAAAGAACUUGCCCUUCGAAAGAAGGCACUUGCAAGCAAACCUACAUGAGAGGCAAUACAGAUCAUCUCCAGACCUUCUUACUGAAGUUGCCAGACAGCCAAAUGACUUCAAGUUGAUAUACACCAGCCGUCCAUGCUCCAGAAGUGCUAAUAGUGUUGGAUGGGACCCACACAUGCAUAAGAACAGGAGGAACUCAGCAGCUGAAAUUUUUUCUGCAGUUUUAGAAAGAUCGAAACCCAGUGAAGAACCCACCAUUCUGCAGCUCUCCAAAAGUAGCAGUUCAUUUCCUGGUUGUAGCUAUCUAGGUAUGAAGGAAGACGCACCUAGGAGAGCAUACAAGAAAAGGCCAUUGUCUUUUUAUGAAGACAGUAAGCAUUUUUCUGGAAACAUCAAAAGUAUGUCCGAAGGUUGCAUGAAGGAUGCAGCUCCUUUGCCUCCAGCAAUAUACGCAGAUCGGGUCUCUGUGCCACAUUCAAGCCAUCAUCCGAACAGAGAUUAUGUCGAUUAUUUAUGUUAUUCAGAUCAUUUGUCUUCAAUACCACAGCAAACAUCAGCCAUUGUGGAAGAAAUUGUGAGAUUAACUAAUAAACCAAAUGCUUUCUUAGAAACGUCUGCUAACAAAAGUCCAAGUGCUAGAAGAAUAAAAGAGUAUCACCAACCCGUAUAUCCCAGGACAAGUUGCAGGAGUAGUUUUAGCAUGGGUGCUAAAAGAGAAAGCCAAGGAACGCCUGUAGAAUACACUCAGGAUCCAUAUCCCAAAAGAUCCUUGAGCCACUCUGAUAUGAAAUCUUCAUGGUUUCCUAGUGGCUCGGAAUUCAGGCCAUUGGGACCAUGUCCGAUACUUACUAAAAAAUACAGCAUCUCAACAAAGCCAUUUGUACCACAGCACCUUCCUAUAGCUCAUCAACUUCCUCCUCCGCCUCCUGCUCCUCCUCUUCCUUUGACUGAAGUUAAAAACGUCCCAAGGACCACAGAGAGAUAUGUGUACAGUGGGACUGAAAGCAGUGAUUCAGAAACCGAAAUAAUCAACCCUUAUUACUAUGCACUUUUUGGGAAACAUAGGUCACCCGUGACAAGAGUUAGACUCUCUUCUGGAAGUUUACAGUUAGACGACAAUGAAGAUAAUACACUAAAUCUGUAUAGCAGGGAAAACAGGCCAGGAUUUUCGAAAUGAUUAAAUAGAAAACUUUAAUACAUCAUCAUUUGCUGUUAAAUGAGUAUAUGUUAUGGCGUGUAAAGCUAUAGAUGGACAACCCUCAACAUAACAGCUUACCGUGUCUAGUAAUACAGUAGCUUGAAGCUAAUUCUUCCCUGUAGCUCUUCCUUCAUUACUGAGUAGUUCAAUGGGCGAGUAACAUCACUGUUUUUGUGUGUCUUUACAAAUUAGUACUGUGGUUUUGUUUGCUCAACUUUAGCCCUUAUCCCAUUCUUUUAGUGCCUUCCAAGCAAUUAAUAACCCAUAGUAGUACAGUACAUGUAAUAUAUACAGUGGUGUGAAAAACUAUUUGCCCCCUUCCUGAUUUCUUAUUCUUUUGCAUGUUUG